AUGCUCAAUCAUCCCACUGAGGAAGUCGAAGCGCCGGACACUGUUCAAAGACAACCAGACGAAGAAGACCCCUCCUUCGCGCCUGUGAGGACGAGAACAAACUCACGACCUAAGCUAUCGGAACGUAUGACAGAAGAUGACUUCUUUCGUACUCUGUCUCGUAGAAAAACAAGUCAGACCAGUGGCAUCAGCAGAGUACAAACACAAGAAGACGACGAUGAAGAAAGAGAAGAAAUCGAUCGCUUGAUGUCGCGCAUGUUUGGCAAGACCAGACAAGAACACUCCGAGGAAGAAAAAACCAGGCACGUCGGUCUUGUCUUCAAAAAUCUUACGGUACGAGGUGUUGGCCUUGGUGCUGCUUUACAACCCACUGUUGGAGAUAUCUUCCUCGGUCUUCCCAGAAAGAUCAAGAAUCUGGUUUCCAGAGGACCCAAGCAAGCUGCCGGCAAACCACAAGAAAGAACAAUCUUGUCGGAUUUCAGUGGUGUCAUUAAGCCUGCUGAGAUGCUUCUUGUACUUGGUCGCCCUGGUUCUGGUUGUACGACUCUGCUAAAGACACUUGCCAACCAACGAGCAGGAUAUACCUCUAUUGAUGGCGAGGUGACCUAUGGAGGCACUCCGGCAGAAGAAAUAGGCAAAAAGUACAAGGGCGAGGUUCUCUUCAUUCCUGAUGAUGAUUUGCACUACGCGACCAUCACGGUCAAGAAUACAUUGUCUUUUGCUCUCAAAACAAAGACUCCCGGGAAGGAUUCCCGUCUGGAGGGCGAAUCUCGUGGAGCCUACGUCAAAGAAUUCUUACGGAUCGUCACCAAGCUCUUCUGGAUCGAGCAUACUUUGGGCACGCGUGUUGGAAAUGAAUAUAUACGUGGUGUAUCUGGUGGUGAAAAAAAGAGAGUUACCAUUGCAGAAGCCAUGGUAACCCGCGCGAGUGCACAAUGUUGGGACAAUAGCACAAAAGGUCUCGACGCAAGCACUGCCUUGGAGUAUGUCCAGAGUUUGAGAUCUUUGACUAACAUGGCUCGUAUCUCUACUGCUGUUGCUCUUUAUCAAGCAGGUGAAUCCCUCUACGAUUGUUUCGACAAGGUAGUCCUGCUCCAUGAAGGAAAGUGCUGCUACUUUGGUCAUACUGAGGAUGCUGUAAAGUACUUCAAGGACUUGGGCUUUGUGCAACCAGAUCGCUGGACUUCCGCCGACUUCAUCACCUCCGUCACAGACGAGCAUGAAAGACAUGUCAAAGAAGGCUGGGAAGACAAGGUUCCUCGAUCUGGCGAAGAUUUUGAUCGUCUAUUCCAAGAAAGCGAACAAAAGAAACGCAACCUCAAAGAAGUUGAGGAGUUCGAGGCUGAGACUCGGCAGCUUGUCGAAGCAAGACAUGAUGCUCAGUCCAAAGCUACAAAGAAGAAGAACUUUGAGGUCUCCUUCCCGAAGCAGAUCAUGGCCUGUACUCAACGCCAGUUCUUGGUCAUGAUUGGCGACAAGCAAGCGACUAUUGGCAAAUGGGGUGGCAUUGGCUUCCAGGCGCUGAUUGUAGGUUCGCUAUUCUAUGACCAGCCGAAGACUGCAACGGGAGCUUUCCCACGAGGAGGUGUCAUGUUCUUCUCCCUGUUGUUCAACGCUCUUCUCGCUUUGGCUGAAUUGACUGCUGUCUUCCAGUCCCGGCCUAUCCUCCUGAAGCACAAGAGUUACCAGUUCUAUCGCCCGGCCGCCUUCGCCAUUGCCCAAACUGUUGUUGAUGUUCCUUUGGUCUUCGUUCAGGUCUUCAUCUUCGACAUAGUCGUCUAUUUCAUGUCUGGACUACAAAGAACGGCUUCUCAAUUCUUCAUAUCGUUGAUGUUUCUAUGGAUUGUAACCAUGACCAUGUAUGCUCUAUUUAGAGCCGUGGGAUCUAUGGUUGCUUCUCUUGAUGUCGCCACCAGAAUCACAGGCCCGGUCAUUCAGAUCUUGGUCGUAUACACUGGCUAUCUCAUACCACCAAGAAAAAUGCACCCUUGGUUCUCGUGGUUACGCUGGAUCAAUCCUGUUCAGUAUGGUUUCGAGGGUCUGAUGUCUAACGAGUUCUACAAUCUUGAACUACAGUGCAAUCCUCCUUACCUGGUCCCCCCGAAUGCGCCUUCCCAACAAUAUCAGUCGUGUGCUCUGCAAGGUAGUACACCUGGUUCGGCCACCGUCAAUGGUGCCAACUAUAUCAAGACUGCCUUCACAUACUCGCGCAGUCAUUUGUGGCGCAACUUUGGUUUUAUCUGCGCAUUCUUCAUCUUCUUUGUGGCGCUUACUGCUCUCGGUAUGGAGCUGCAGAAGCCGAACAAAGGUAGUGGCGAAGUAACGGUGUUCAAACGUGGCCAGGUUCCCAAGUCAGUGGAGAAGGAAGUCGAGACAGGAGGCAGGACGAACGAUGAAGAAGCUGGAGAGCCCAAUAAAGGUCAGGUCGAUGCCACACCAAACAAUAAAGAGGCUCGCAAUGGAUCCGAAUCCGACAAGACUGUCGCAGCGAUCGGCGGAAACGAAACCAUUUUCACAUGGCAGAAUGUCAACUACACUAUUCCUUACGAGGGCGGAGAACGCCAACUUUUACGAGACGUCUCGGGCUACGUCCGUCCUGGAAAGUUGACAGCACUCAUGGGUGCCUCCGGAGCAGGAAAGACUACUCUGCUGAACACCUUGGCUCAACGUAUCAACUUUGGCGUUGUCUCUGGAGAUUUCCUUGUUGACGGUAAACCCCUUCCAAAGAGCUUCCAGCGAGCUACUGGUUUUGCUGAGCAGCAAGAUGUACACGAGCCCACGGCCACUGUCAGAGAAGCCCUCAGAUUUUCUGCCAAACUUCGUCAGCCAAAAGAGGUUUCGCUUGAAGAGAAGUACGACUACUGCGAGAAGGUCAUUGACCUGCUUGAGAUGCGGGACAUCGCCGGUGCCACCAUUGGAAAAGUUGGUGAAGGUCUGAAUCCAGAACAACGCAAACGCCUGACUAUUGCCGUCGAACUCGCAUCAAAACCUGAGCUACUUUUAUAUCUCGAUGAACCUACGUCUGGUCUUGAUUCAGGAGCUGCUUUCAAUAUUGUUCGCUUCCUCAGGAAACUCGCAGAUGCUGGGCAAGCAAUUCUGUGUACGAUCCAUCAGCCAUCUAGCGUACUGUUCGAAGAGUUCGACGAGCUAUUGCUCCUCAAGAGUGGCGGUCGUACUGUAUACCAUGGCGAACUCGGCGAUGGCUCAGAAAAGCUGAUCUCCUACCUAGAAAAGAAUGGAGAGCAGAAGUGUCCUCCCGACUCCAACCCAGCCGAAUGGAUGCUCGAAGCCAUCGGCGCAGGAAACCCAGACUACAACGGACCUGACUUUGGCGACAUCUGGGAUAGGUCAGAAAAGAAGAAACAGCAACAAGAAGAGAUUCAACGCAUGAUCCAAGAACGCCGCAAUGCUUCUAGUGGUGCCAAAACUGAUGAUGACCGCGAGUAUGCCAUGCCACUUGGCACUCAGAUCAUCACUGUGGUUCGUAGAUCUUUCGUUGCAUAUUGGCGAUCACCUCAGUACGUCGUUGGCAAGUUCAUGCUGCAUAUCUUCACAGCACUCUUCAACGGCUUUACUUUCUGGAAACUUGGAAACUCGCAGAUCGAUAUGCAGAGCAGACUUUUCUCCAUCUUCAUGACUUUGACUAUCUCUCCACCACUGAUUCAGCAGUUGCAACCUCGUUUCCUCAACUUCCGCAAUAUAUACCAGAGCAGAGAGGCCAGUUCGAAGAUCUACAGCUGGGUUGCUUUUGUGAUUGGAGGUAUCGUGGUUGAGAUACCGUACUCGCUUGUUGCUGGAACUAUUUACUGGUGUGCUUGGUACUUCCCACCUGGUUUCCCUCGUGAUACAUACACAGCAGCCUCAGUCUGGCUAUUCAUCAUGUCGUUUGAGCUGUUCUACAUUGGAUUCGGUCAGGCAAUUGCUUCAUUUGCCGCCAAUGAGUUGCUUGCAUCCUUGCUCGUACCGAUGUUCUUCCUCUUCGUCGUCUCCUUCUGCGGCGUCGUAGUCCCCUACCAAGCACUCCCAUACUUCUGGCGAAGCUGGAUGUACUGGCUCUCCCCCUUCCGCUACCUCCUAGAAGGCCUCCUCGCCCUCGUAACCCACGGCCUCCCCAUCCGCUGCGACCCCCAAGAACUCGCCAGCUUCCCAGCACCUCCCGGCCAAACCUGCAAUUCCUAUGCUGGCCCCUACGCCCAACAAUCUCAAGGCUAUGUCAUCACUCAACCCAAUGGUCUGUGUGGCUUCUGCCAGUACAGAGAUGGUGAUGCGUUUACGGCUUCGUUUAAUGUUUACUGGAGGUUUGUGUGGAGGGAUUAUGGUAUCUUCUGGGCGUAUAUCCUUUUCAACUUUGGUGUUGUGUUCGUAUGUUCGUGGUUGUAUUUACAGGGAGCGGGCAAGAUUAAGAGGGCUUUUAGUCCUAAGGUGAGGAAGCAGAAGAAAGCUGCUAAGCAACGAGAGAAGGAGAACCAGGAUGAGAAGGAGUAA